AUGGCCCACCGUCGUACGGCACCCUUCGCCCCUAUGAACAUUGUCAGCGACUCGAAGUAUGUGGUAAAUGGGCUAACGGAACACCUCCCGGGGUGGGAAAGACGGGGCUGGAUAGGUGUGGCAAACGCGACCAUAAUCAAAGAAGUUGUAAGCUUGCUGCGCUCUAGGAGCGCACCCACGACCUUCAAAUGGGUCAAGGGCCACUCCGGAGUCCGCGGAAAUGAAGAAGCCGACCGCCUGGCGGGAGAGGGAGCGGCGUGCCCCCCUCCUGCGCGUCCCCUGCACCUCCCCGCCCCUGAGCGCUACAUGGUCCGCGGCGCGUCGCUCCCCCACCUUACCCAGAGACUGGCGUACCAGGGGAUACAGGAAUGGAACGCGAAGGACGACCGCCCUGCAACGCUGCGGAACCUGCUGACUGUCCAGCGGGACCUGGAGCGGGCUUUUGGAGUACGCGCGCCUGAGCAGAUGGUGUGGAACCUCCUCAGGCGGAACCCCAUAUCGCGCAAAGCACGCGACUUCACGUGGAAAGCACUGCACGAAGGCCACCGAGUGGGCAAGUACUGGGCGCACAUACCCGGGUAUGAGGACCGUGCGAUCUGCCCCGUAUGUGGGGUGACUGAAACGAUGGAGCAUAUCUUGUGCCAGUGUGAGGCGCCAGGGCAGCGAGUGGCGUGGGCCCUAGCCCGGGGCAUCCUGAGCAAGAAGUCGCUUAACCUGCCUGAACUCACACUUGGCCUCGCACUGGGGGGCCAUGCGGUCGCCGCACUCACCGCUGAGGGCGCAGCCCGCCCUGGCGCCACCCGCCUCGCCCGCAUCAUCUUGACUGAGACCGCGUACCUGAUUUGGGUCCUGCGGUGCGACCGGGUAGUGGGGGGCCGUGUUCCUCUCCCGCUGCGAGAGGAGGAAGGCUACGUGGAGAAUCGUUGGAUGAGAGUGAUUACUGGGAGACUGAACACCGACUGUACCCUAGCAAGUAAACGGGUUGCUGGUAAGUGGGCUGUGCCGCCGAGCACGGUGCUGAAGACGUGGGAGAAGACGCUACAUGAAGAGGACCGUUUGCCUUCUGAUUGGACUAAAUCACCGGGGGUUUUAGUGGGUAGGCCGCUGCAAACGUACGUACCGGCCGGGGAUUAG